AUGAAGCUCGACACAAAAGCCUUGCGAUACCUCAAUCCCACCGACUGGCGGGUUCUUGCUGCAGUCGAAUCUGGGAGCCGCAAUCAUGAAGUCGUCCCAACCACACUAAUCGUCAAUCUUUCCAAGUCCGCUGUAGGUGAUGUCAACCGCAGCAUCUCGUUGCUUGCCAAAGCGGACCUGAUAGCCAAGGUGAAGAAUGCCAAGUACGAUGGGUACAGACUGACCUAUGGCGGCCUCGACUAUCUGGCUUUGCAUUCCUUGCAGAAGAGCAACACCGUGUACAGCGUGGGGAACCAGAUUGGUGUUGGCAAGGAAAGUGAUAUCUUGGUUGUCAGUGAUGAGAAGGGUGAACAACGUGUACUCAAGAUCCACCGGCUGGGUAGGGUCAGCUUCAAGAAAGGUGUGCGAAAUAAACGCGAUUAUGCGAGAACUAAGGCACAGAAGGAGAGAGGCGCUGGCAGCUGGAUGUACAUGUCGCGACUAGCUGCUGUCAAAGAGUUUGCUUUCCUGCAAGCCCUGCACGAAGCGGGCCUCAGUGUCCCAAUCCCACUAGGGCAAAAUCGACAUCAGCUGGUUAUGUCUUUGAUCGACGGCUUCCCGCUACGACAGAUCGAAAAGGUUCCAGAUCCCGCUGGACUGUAUGGGGAGCUCAUGGAAGUCCUUGUGCGUUUGUGCUCACUUGGACUAAUCCAUGGCGAUUUCAACGAGUUCAAUAUCUUGAUCAAAGAAGAGGAGCAAGCAGACGACAUUCGGCUUGUGCCGGUCUUGAUUGACUUUCCUCAGAUGGUCAGCGUGGAUCACCCCAACGCCGAAUUCUAUUUCAACAGAGACGUCGACUGCGUGAAGCGCUUCUUUUCAAGACGCUUCGGAUUUGUUAGCAAUGACGAAGGUCCCAUCUUUGCAGAUGCAAAGCGAGAGCUUGGGAAAGAUGGUUCCAAAAGGCUUGAUGUCGAGGUUGAGGCUUCGGGAUUUUCCAAGAAGAUGGCGAAAGAGCUUGAAGCAUACAUGAAAGAGCAUGGUGUGGACGGUGACGCCAAAGAGGACCAACCCCAUGGUCUUGAUAUUAGUGGUUCAGAAGACGAAAAUGAGGAUGAUGACGAGAAGGAUGGAAGCGAUGAAUCUUCAGAGGGGUAA